AUGGGAUGUACGACAAAGGUAAGUUAAGAUUCAUUCAGAAUAGCACAAUUUCAUUGAUAAAUUUUUAGUGUAAAAAAAGUAUGGCGAUUUUUCUUUCUUUUUCUCCAUCUUUUUUUUAAGCCAGUGCGUUGAUCUUGACUUAUAAUUUAGGAUGUGUCAAUAACACCGAAUAAUGACAUGAAUCCAUUCAGUCAAUUCUUGAAGACCUGCAUUUUUUAACCACUAUUGACGACUUUUCCAAAUCAUAAUUGUGGCUUUGCUGUAGCUUAUCUCUCGUUGUCAUUUCAUAAGGUAUUUAACUGAACCUCUCAGUUAGCCUGGAUUUUUUCGACGCUCCGGUUGGUCAACGAGAGUAAUUGAUUUAGGUGUUAUAUUUCAACUUAGUCAUUUCUUUCACGUACAAUAAUUCUUAAUAAAACAAAAGUAGACUUUACUGGUGUCACUUGAAAGAAAUUAGUUAUGCAGACGGGAAGGGCGUAUAGCAUCCUUUGGCACAAAAGUCUUUUUUACUGCAGGUUCAACGGAAAGAGAUUGAAAGCCAUCUUCAGGAAUCUGUACGACCACAUGUUGACUUGGCUUUUGCAAAACUAACUAGCACACAAGAGGAGUUGAAAAGGUCCCAGGAUUUAACAAGUAAACUUAACGAGAAGUUCAAUGCCCUAGAAAGGCAAUUUAAAGAGCAGCAUACGGAAAAGGUAAAUGCAGUCGAAAAAGAAGUAAGAACUUUAAAAAAAAAGAAAUAGAGCUGCAAAAUAGGGUGGAAACAUUAGAGAUGAUUGUUAAGGACGACUCUAAGAAAGGAGAUUCAAUGGAGAAAAACCCUCGCCCGCUUCAGAGACCCUCAAAUCAAAUGCGGACGAUCGAGCAAAAAGGAAGUAGAUGCAUGUCUAAGGAAUUUGCCAUACUGCCAAGAAAGGAAAUUUGCUCCGACAGUAACCCUGGUUAUUGGACAAAACAGUGGAAGAUUCAAGGAUUCAGAGGAUUUCUUAAACGGGCCGAAGAAGAGGGACACGAGAUACAGAGUAAUCCGUUCUUCUUGGGUGAAAACGGUUAUAAAGUUAAAGUUGGCCUGGGUAUUUCAGGUUCUUACCUCAACAUCCACUUUGUAAUAAUGAAAAGUGAAAACGACGUCAUAUUACCAUGGCCUUUUUCUAAUUUUGUUACUUAUGAAGUGAUUGAUCAACAGAAAAUUUCAGUACAAUGUAAGCAUUGGACUACUCUGUUUAACCCUUUAAAUGCAGACGCCUCGUGGAAGAAAAGUUUCCUGCGGCCUA